AUGGACGAUGGGAAUUGCCACACCUUCGCUCACUUCCUUAGAACAUUGUCUCCGCUGCCUUGCCGCAUUCCCGCCUCCACCACCUUCCCGCCACCACCAUAUUUCCACCUUCGCCACCUUUACGCCACCUUCCCUCCACCACGAUAUUCCCGCCUCCACCACCUUUCCGCCACCACCACAUUCCUGCCUUCACCACCUUCCCUCCACCACAAUAUUCCCGCCUCUGCCACCUUCCCGCCACCACCACCUUCCCACCUCCACCACGUUUCCACCACCACGAUAUUCCCACGUCCGCCACCUUCCCUCCACCAUGAUAUUCCCGUGUCCACCACCUUCCCGCCUCCACCAUGUUUCCACCUUGCCACCACCACCUUCCCGCCCCCGCCGCCUCUGCCACCUUCCCGCCACCACCACAUUCCCACCUCCACCACGUUUCCACCUUGCCACCACCACAUUCCCGCCCCCGCCACCUUCCCGCCACCACCACAUUCCCACCUUCACCACCUUCCCGCCACCACCACAUUCCUGCCUCUGCCACCUUCCCUCCACCACGAUAUUCCCGCCUCUGCCACCUUCCCGCCACCACCACCUUCCCGCAUCCACCACCUUUCCGCCACCACCACAUUCCCGCCCCCGCCACCUUCCCGCCACCACAAUAUUCCCACCUUCGCCACCUUCCCGCCUCCACCACGUUUCCACCUUCCCGCCACCACCACUUUCCCACCUUCGCCACCUUCCCGCCACCACCACUUUCCCGCCUCCACGUUUCCACCUUCCCGCCACCACCACCUUCAUGCCUCCACCACGUUUCCACCACCACCACCUUCCCGCCUCGACCACGUUUCCACCUUCCCGCCACCACCACCUUCCCGCCCCCGCCGCCUCCGCCACCUUCCCGCCACCACCACCUUCCCGCCUCCACCACCUUCCCGCCACCACGAUAUUCCCACAUCCGCCACCUUCCCGCCACCUUCCCUCCACCACGAUAUUCCCGCCUCCGCCACAUUCCCACCUUCGCCACCUUCCCGCCACCACCACCUUCCCGCCUCCACCACGUUUCCACCUUCCCACCACCACCACCUUCCCGCCCCCGCCGCCUCCGCCACCUUCCCGCCUCGGCCACGUCUUUCUGUGCCGCACAUACAGCUGAUCUCAAACGGGUCUCUAGGGAGCUCCUACCGUCAGUUCUGCUUCCGGACGCUGGCGCACUCCACUCCGCUCCCGGUGGACUCUCUGCCACGUCACCACCGUACAAUGUCACCGGCCGGUCCCCGUCGUGUAAGUGGCCGGAAAAGAGCCGAUGUCGACAAUCACGAGAACCCCGUCCUCCCUUUCUUUGAGAGGUGA